AUGAACUUUGAGGAAAAAGAGGAAAAAGACGGUGUUCGUCUUUCGUGGCACAAUGUCCCCAAAUCAAGGCUCCAGAGCCAACAUAACGUCGUUCCCUUGACAGCAUUCUACACUCCGUACAACGACAAAUCCCCUGUGAACCGCUUGCAUUUCCAGCAAAUGCAGCAAUGUCGCCAGUGUCGUGCAUUCUUGAACCCUUUUGUCACAAUCAAGGCGAACCAGCCAGAGGUAUGGCACUGCCAGUUCUGUGGCUUUGGAAACAGGCUACUCAUUGCUGAGGACGGGAGCUAUUCCCAGGCUCUUAAUCCUGAGAUUACGACUGUUGAAUACUCCACUGAUCGUUUUGCCCCGCUACCACCGAUCUUCUUCUACUGUGUUGACACAUGCUUCGAGAAUGAAGACGUCACUGAGGCUUUUGCCCAAUUGAAGGAGUCCAUUCUCCUAUCUUUGUCUUAUCUUCCUGCUCAUGCUUUGGUGGGCCUUGUGACUUUUGGCAAACAUGUGCAGCUCCACGACUUGCUGGUGCCCAAUCGCAGCUACACCUUCAACGGAGCUAAAGAGUACGAGCUUAAGACCAUUGAAACGAUAUUGGGCCUCAAUGUGGGUAUGUCAUUGCAUCGCCAGCAGGCCGAGUUGAGCUCUGUUGCACAAAAGUUUUUGCAGCCAGUGGAAUACGCCGAGUACCAACUAUCUUCCAUCAUUGAUAGACUACAGAACAACACAUUCCCACGCUCUCAGUCGAGCCAAAGACCCGAAAGAUCAACCGGGUGCGCUGUUAAGGUCAGUACCUUGGUACUUCGAGCCAUUUUGGGUAAUGGUGUGUCCGCUGGAGGUCACCUCAUGUGUUUCAUUGGCGGUGUUGCAACGCACGGCCCUGCAAGGAUAGUAGGUUCUCAAUUGAAAGAGCCCAUCAGAUCGCAUCACGACAUAGACAAGAUGCUGCAAACACACAUACCCAACUUGGCCAAUGGAGUUACCAAAGUGGACUCCCUGUUGUACAAAAAUGCCAAAUCAUUCUACGAACAGAUUGCUAGGUCUCUCGUGGAUAUGGGUAUCUGCUGUGACAUAUUUAUUGGCAGUUACGACCAGAUCGGUUUAUACGAGAUGGACGAUAUCGCUUCUGCAACAGGAGGUGCUGUUGUCAUGAGUGACUCAUUCAGCACUGCUAUCUUCAAGCAAAGUUUGGUGAAGUUCCUUAGACGCGAGACCAGCGAGGAAGUCAAUGAUGAAUUGGGCUCAGAGAUGGCCCUUAAUGCUACAGUCGAAUGCAGAACUACCACAGACUUGCAAAUCCAAGGUCUCAUUGGCCAUGCUACAGCGCUUCCACUUAGAAAAGACAACACCUUCAUUAACUCCAGUGUUUCUCCUCAAAGUAUUGGCCAAGGCAACACGAAUGCUUGGAAGCUUUGUGGCGUGGACCCACAAUCCACGUACGCGAUCUACUUUGACAAGCUCGACUCGCCUCAGCCUGGCUUUGCUUUCAUCCAGUUCAGCUUCCACUACCAACACCCAUGUGGAGAGAAGCGAGUUAGAGUGACUACAUUACCCUUGGCAGUUAUUGCCGAUUCCGACAACCAAAACUUGGAAUUAGGGUUUGAUCAAAACGCAGCCUUCAUCGCCAUUGCAAGGAGCUCCAUCGAUAAGCUCCGAGCUCACAUCUUUAACAGCACAAAGACGACUUAUGAUCACACCGACGUUGUGAAGCAUCUCGACAAGGUCCUCGCUGACUAUUGUGCCCGCUUUGGGGUAUACCAAAAGAAGCAACUCGAUUCAUUCCGUUUAUCAAACAGCUAUUCAAUGUUGCCGCAAUUCAUGUACCAUCUACGCCGGUCACCAUUCAUUCGAGUGUUCAACAAUUCUCCAGAUGAGACAAGUUACAUUCGUCACAUUUUCAUGCAUGAGGACGUCAACAACUCGUUGACCAUGAUCCAACCGUCCUUAUUGUCCUACGACAUUGAGACCUUUGGAGCAGAGGACCCGGAGACAGGUGAACCUAAUAUAGAUCCUGAGCCUGUUCUACUUGACUCCAUGUCGCUCGGGCUCACCAAGAUUCUCCUUCUAGACACAUUCUUCCAUAUCCUCAUCUACCAUGGCACCACCGUUGCGCAGUGGAGAAAGGCCAACUACCACAAUAUGGAAGGCUACGAGCAUUUCAAAGAGUUCUUGGAAGCACCAAAGCAUGAGGCUUUGGAGAUUCUCAAAGACAGGUUUCCGUUGCCGCGGUUUAUCGACUGCGACGACGGCGGAUCCCAGGCCCGAUUCCUUAUGGCCAAGCUCAACCCAUCAACGAGUUAUCUGACAAACCCCAACCACAUGUACGGAGGCCAGUUUGACGUCAUGACGGACGAUACUAGUCUACAAUCGUAUAUGAUGCAUAUUCAGCGGGUUGCGGUUUCCCGGUAA